AGUCUCUGAAAAAGAAGUCAGCCUGCACGAUUGAAAAAUCCGACAUCGAUCCUCCUGAUCCUCCAGAGCAUCCUGCACCGCCGCCUGCUCCUUUUUCAUUCCGAGCCAUGGAGACUGUGCACAUGGCCAUCGGAUUGGUGAGCUUGGUGGCCCUGGUUUUGGUGGUCAGCCAUUCGGCUUCGCAGGUGGCUGGCCUGGUGGUGGAGCAAACCCGUGCCCCGAUCUCCGAACUGGUGUCCCGCGGAGGUCCGGUGGCGGAUCAGUUGACGGCCCCCGAGGGUAUAACACCACUGAUGGAGGGAGAUCGCAUGGAUGGCGCUUGCUCCGUGGUCCAAAGUAUUGGAGGUAAGGCGUGUGCAUUGGUGGGACCCUUCUUGCCCAAACUGGGAGGCGAUCGGAAGUCUGGGGAUUCCACCAAAGAAGAGGAGAAGGAUAAAAAGGAAACUGACGGGGAACCCAAGGCGGCAGCACCAGACGCCCCAGAUCCGGAAACACCCGCUGAGGAAGAUCCACCGGCAGAGUAAAAGGCUCCAGCUAUCAAAUU